CAUUCAGCACUAUAUAUAUACGCAUGUGUGCAAAAGUUUAUGCACUUAGAAUCUCACAGCAAAUGGCUUUUAAUCAGUCUUUCUUCCUUGUUCUUGUGCUCCUUGCAUCUAGUGUGGUGUUAGGAAAAGUUGAAGCUGCAGAAGCUACAGAAACCACCAAUGCCGUCAAAACUGCAUCAAGAAAAAUGCUGCCAAUUGGAGGACAGAUUAUAAAAAUGCUUGGGGUUAGAAAAGAUACCUGUAUAGGUCUUUUGGAAUCCUGCAAGGACGAUCCAUAUGGCUGUUGUCCUGGCUGUGUCUGUUUGUGGCCUGGGGACUUGUGUCGUGGUGACUGCUGAAUCAUGCUGAAGCUCCAAGCUAAAAUGCUGCUAGCAUCUAAAUGAACAAUUAGCAAAUUGUUCUUGCUGUAACAUAAAUAAAUGGAAGCGUGGUUCUAGUGUAAAAUAUGUUAUCUCCUGCUAUUGAAUAAAUUAUGAUAAAUGGAUUUUCAGUAGGAAAUCCAUUGGUGUAUGGACUUUUCAUGGUAAUGAAUUUUGAGUUAAAACUCCUUGCAGUUUAGAAUUUUUUUGCAUAUGUCCGUGUAUUUUGUCUCAUAAAAUGGUGAAAUGCAAAAUGCCUU